AUGCAUCAAAGCCUGAUUAAGAAUGCUUGGGUCCCCAUGAAACCCUACUAUACCCAGGUUUACCAGGAAAUUUGGGUAGGAAUGGAGUUAAUGACCUUCAUCGUUGAUAAAAUCUGUACUGCUGAUAAAAGAAGGAGAGCUUUGCAAGGCUCCAGUCCUGCACCUGCCCAAGGCCAUCAUUAA